GUCAACAUCACUGUGCACUGUGCUAUUAUGCCGAGAAGUUGCAACUAAAACGUUGUUUUUCUUCAUAUAGCAAACUAACAUGAUUUAGCACUUUACGUGUCGACGUAAGAACUUGAUGUUAGCUAUCUAUUUUUUGGCUGUCACUGCAGAGGAUGGCCGUAUCUCACACUGCCCAGUCCUCCCUUGUACACAGCUUGGCCACACUCCUCCGAAAUGAUGGUGACUUGGUGCUGGAUGGCAGCAGCACACUGACCUUAUCAGCAGACAGCUUGCAGCACCUCACCAGGCUGUUUGAACAGUACUUGCUGUCCAGGAGCCAGCAGCAUGGCUUCCUGGCGCUGCCCUCCCACCCUGCUGACACUGCUUCCCUGCUGCAUCUUCAGUUCCUGUUCGAUGUCCUUCAGAAGACCAUAUCCCUCAAGCUCAUCAACCCCCCAGAGGUUAGACUUCAGUCUGUGGUGAAAAUCUUCCCGUUCAAGUCACUGAAGAGUUUGGAGCUAAAGCGAAUACCCCCGCACUGUCUAGAGGGACUCAGAGGAGUUUACUCCCAGUUGGAGGUUUUCACCUGCUCAAAGAGCCUCAGCUCCCUGGAGGAGCUGCUUUCCCUGUGCGGAGGCGACCUGAGCUCUGCACUGCCUUGGCUGGAACUGCACACCCUUAACUUCAGCUACAACUCCAUUGUCUGCCUUGACCAGUCACUAAGUUUACUGAACGUCCUGAAAUCUCUGGAUCUAAGCCAUAACAAGAUUCAGGAGUGUGCUGAAUUUCUAAAGCCCUUGAGUGAACUGGAACACUUGAACCUGGGCUACAACUGCCUGCAGAGGGCGCCAAUGCUGGGCCUGAGUGCCCGAGCCAAACUCCUCACACUCAUUCUCAGGAACAAUGAACUGGAGACUAUAAACGGUGUGGAGCAAUUGUCUUCACUCCAGCACUUAGACCUGGCCUACAACCUCCUGUUGGAGCAUUCCCAGCUGGCUCCUCUCUCCUUACUACACUGCCUCAAAACACUUAAUCUGGAGGGCAACCCGCUGUUCUUCCAGAAGACUCACCGCACCUGCACCGUUCGACAUCUCUCCCCAAAGGCGGCCAAUCUCAGACUCAAACUUGAUGGUUGCCCCCUUUCCUCAUAUGAAUUAUCAGUUCUGCCUAAACCAGGCCAGCAGAUCGUCCAGGUCCAGACUUCGCCUCCAGUUGCCAUGCCACCAGAACGGAGUAACCAAGAUGUGUCCAGUGGGGCAGGGGAGCUUAGUGACAGCAUGUCCGUUGGAGAAGUGGGGAUCUCACACAUUCGCAAGAAGAAAUCCAGGAGUAAAGUCAAAGUGCGGAGGGCCAGCAUAUCCGAGCCCAGUGAUACAGAUUACGAGAACAGACAGCUUUCCUCCACACAGAGCAUUGUCCUUCCCCACCAGCAGGAGAUCGAACGCAUGUCCAGCUUCAGAGAACAGCUGGGGGAGGACUGGCUGAGGUACCAGCACCAUCUGGAUGGAGCUUCCCCCUCUGCCACUGUCAGCAUCAACCAGCCAGCCCCUCACCAUCAAACUCUCCCCAACGGCUUCAGCGCCACCACCCCAUGUCCAUCCACCAGCAUCGGGAAGCAACCAUCACCACCAUCCCUGCAGGUCCCGGAGGUCCUCCCACCUCCGCUUCUCUCGUCUGAGCCCAGGGUGGACACUUCUGAUGUGGAUGGAGACCUGGAAACAGAGUCCACUCUACAGUGGCCCGGUCUGAGCACUCGACAGACAGAGUCCACCUUGGAGGACAGCAUGGUGGAUGGUCAGGUGGUGAGCCAUGGAGUUAUGAGCUCUCCUGGGCCAAGUCUAGAGUCCCAAAGGUCGGUUAGAGCAGAAAGCGGAGACACAAAGGAGGAAGAAGAGAUGGAGGACCUAGGAGUGGACCUGUGUCACCCCUUACUUGUUGGCGUCUUAUCUGACAAAGAGGAGGAAGACGACAAUGGCCAGCGGGGGAAAGGGGGGAGGAGGGAGAUGUUUCUGUGCAUAAAACAGGGCCUGGUGCUGGAGGUGGACAUGCAGCGUGGCCAGGAGAGAUGCCGUCUGGAGCUGGACAGCCUGGCUCGGGUGGAGACCACAGCUGCUGCAUGGAACCGUGGGGAUACAGAGGAAAUGCUUCCAGCUGUGGAACUUCAGUUCGACUACAUCAGCAGGGAGAAGAGGAGGAGACGCUACGUCCUGCUGGAUGACGACCCACAGCAGGCUCUACAGGCUCUGACUGACGUGCUGUCUCACGUGGUGGAGGAAAACCAGCGGCGUGACUCGGAGCUCCAUCCGAGCUGUGUUCACCUGCAGUGCCUUCGCUGCAGGUACGAGUUUGCACUUCAAGGAGGGGGCAGUGAAGAGGAGGCGGGAGGGAGAGCGAGGCGGAGAGGGGCAGCAAUGCUACCGGAGGGUGUGGAAGAACAGGACGGGGAGCAGCUGACAGAGCCCGAAUGUGAUGAUGACACCAAAGGAAACAGUAAUAUUUGUCCAGAAUGUGGAAGUGAUCAUGUGGUCCAGCUGGCUGUCCAAUCAACUCCCUACAGCAGUACGCCCAUCCAUCGUCCAUCCAGGCCUGACAGUGAGGACGAUCAUCUCGAUAUAACCCAGAGCACUCGCAGUGUCACCAAGGACGACUACACAGAUGCCAGUAUCAGCAGUAGUCCCAUCCUGGAGACCGCCACCACUACAGAGGAGCCCACCUUCGUCACUGCCCAGGGAAGCUCCUUCUUCAUCAGGGACGCUCCUAGUGAUACCUACAGCCUCUCUUACAACACAGAGUGCCAAAGUAAAGAGGACCUGGCUGGGAGCUACCACUACACCACUACCGGUGCGACGCCACCUGAAGUCCAAGCCCAACCUGCAGGGAGAUCCACCCCAAACGAUGAUGUGGACCUGCUGUCUGAGGACUAUGACGCGGUGGACCAUCGGCUGAAGCUUUUCCUGGAUGUGGAGGUCUUUGAGGAGGAAGAGGAGGUUCACUCUUUCCUCAAGAUGUCAGCUGUCAAAUAUGGGGAGCCAGGGGAGGUUCCCUCUCUGUUGGUGGUGUCAAACCAGCGAAUCUAUUUCCUGGAAACAACAUCAGAGAUGCACAGAGGCCAGCUCUCUGAUUGGCUGCAGAAGAGAGACAGCCACCCAAUCAUGGAGCUCAGCUACCUGGAGGUGGGGCUGGGCUCUCAGAGCAUCCACAUGGAGUUUGGAGACGGGGGCGUGGCCUAUACCCUCCUCGUGAGGGACAGUUUACGUUGCAAGCGCUUCUUUGGCCUGUUGACAGGAAUUGUGCGCGAGAUGGCUCACAAAUCAGACAGCAAGCUGCAGUCCAUCUCCACCACCAGACUCAACCCUCAGCACCAUCUCUGGCCUCUGGUGUGUGAAGACAUCCAGGCAGAUGUGGAGGACGGCCAGCUGCAGUUUUUCUACAUUCUGGCUUUUGUCCUGCAAGAGGACAUCUGGACGCCGUUGACAGUCCUGGCAACCCGGGAAACCCUCUACCUGCUCAAAGAGGAUCACCAGUGGACGAAAAGCUCCAACAGCCUGACAGAGAAUGAAAACAAAGAAGCGUGCAGCGGGAGCGUGGCUGUUUUAGAAACGCUGCCAAUCAGCUGCGUGAGCUCGAUCCACCUGUGGCCUUCGGACCAGUGCAGAAUAGAUAUUAAACUUUACGAUGAGACGGUGAAACAGGAGAAGACGUGGUGUGUGCACUCGGAGAGCACUGAGCUCCUCCAGGGUCUGCUGGCCUGGGUCAGAGCACAGUGGGAGGCCAUGUUCGGAGUGAAACUGCACACAAGCCUGCAAGACGAAGCAGCAUAAUGGGGGAGGGCAUAAGGAAAGACAAAAGAUAGAGACUCUGCAUGUGUGUGUGUGUGUGUGUGUUCAUGACACUGUGUGUUGGUACUGGGAAAUGUUUAGUGAGCGUGAGCGAGUGCGUCUUUAUUUUCUCUUUACACAAUCUGCACUCAGUCUGGUUCCAUUACGCUCAUCGCUUUCAUCGUCUUUUAAGCCAAGAACUUGGAAGUGAUUGCACUCAUUCAUGUGGUACACAAGCCUGUAAAAGCACUGGUUGCAUAAUUUCUCCUCCAGAUACCAUCCCACCAAACUUUUCUACAGCUGAAAUGGAGUGUGCCUUGUUUCUUUAGCCGCUGCCAUGGUUCUUAUUGAAAUGCACCUUAAUGCAUCUUGUAUUGUUCUUCAUUCAUUGUAGCAUCAAGCUGCUGUGGAGCAGAUUUGGGGAUUUGGACCUGAGAGAGCAUUAAGUUGGGAACAAAAGUUGUGUCUGAGGAUUUUUAGGGGAGUAAUCCAACGAGCUGAGCCUUAACAAUGUCCACCCCCUCGUGUUAAGCGGGACGGAGUCUUUCCUCGCCAUCCUGGGGUGCAGCAAGUUGUGAUAUCACGCGCUCAACACGAGGUUGGAGUUUCUUCUGAAAGGCCAGGGCUCGAGUCUGUCACGAAAGGGUCACUUCACACCCUUUCCACCCAAUUAGGGUCUUGUGAUGUGUCUCUGCACUGUGUUUUGUGAAAAGAUGAACAGAAGCAGCUCUUCUCUAUAAAACUUGAGAAGUGCUGGAUGUCUCAACUAAAUCCUUUGUUUCUGUUUAGUUUAUAUAUCAGUUUAAAAUGUAGAACGGAACUGCUGCACCUGUGUGCAUUGAGCAUGUAGCCACUGUGAUGUGAAAUUGUACAUAUUAUAUCCUCAUGUACAGAUGCAGCAAAAAGCUAAAUGAAUUCAGCAUUGUUUAGAAUUAGAUUAACCAGUAUAACUUAAUUUAUUUCUUUAUAAUUUUUUCAUUGAGUUUAGUCAGAAAGUGUGUUUUAUUUUUGUAUUAAUAUGAGGAAAAAACAUCUGAUGUAUGAUGUGUACAACUCAGUAUAAAAGUCAUGUGUUCAUGUGUG